GGCGUGCAGGAAGGAAGGCAGGCAGGAGGAUGCGGGCGUCGUAGCGCCGCCAUGGGCUCGGAGCCGCCUCUCUCCCCCGCUCCGGCUCUCGCGUGCUCGUCCUGGGCGCCUGCGGGGGGGGCGUGGCUGUGGCGGGCGCUGGGGGCGUUCCUGGCGCUCUCGCUCUCGCUGCACCUCCUCACCCUCGGCUGCUACCUCGAACUCCGCUCAGAGCUCCUGCGCCGCCGGGACACGCCCACAGGGGGCGCACACACGCAGCACCAGCACCACCAGCACCACGCCCAGCUCCCCACACCAGGAGGGGCCAGGGGCGGGGCCCAGGCAGGGCCGCCACGCCCCCCGCGAGGCACGCCCCCCGCCCACCACCACCAGCAGCAGCAGCAGGUCGCCCUGCGCAGCCUGCUCUUCCCGGAGGAUCCCGCUCUGCCCGUUUCCCAAGAGGAGAGCAGCGCCCACCUCCAUCACCGCAUCCGAAGGAACACGCGGAGCAAAGCCAAUGAAGGGGCCGAGGGCACAACCUCAGCUAAGAAGAAAAAAGGCAAACGAGCGGGACCCCCUGGCCCCCCAGGGCCACAAGGGCCGCCUGGCCCCCCCGGCCCACAAGGGCCUCCAGGCAUCCCCGGCAUCCCCGGCAUCCCUGGCACCACUGUCAUGGGCCCCCCUGGCCCUCCCGGCCCACCUGGCCUCCAGGGGCCCCCUGGCGUGCAGGGCCCCACAGGUGCCACAGACAAAGUGGGACCCAGAGAUGCCCAGCCGGCCGUGGUCCACCUGCAGGGACAAGGCUCCGCCAUCCAAGUCAAGAAUGAUCUUUCAGGUGGGGUCCUCAACGACUGGUCCCGCGUGGCCAUGAACCCCCGGGUCUUCAAGCUGCACGCCCGCAGCGGGGAGCUGGAGGUGCUGGUGGACGGCACCUACUUCGUCUAUAGUCAGGUAGAAGUCUACUACAUCAACUUCACGGACUUUGCCAGCUACGAGGUGGUGGUGGACGAGCAGCCCUUCCUGCAGUGCACGCGCAGCCUGGAGACGGGCAAGACCAGCUUCAACACCUGCUACACGGCCGGCGUCUGCCUCCUCCGCGCCCGGCAGAAGAUCGCCGUCAAGAUGGUGCACGCCGACAUCUCCGUCAACAUGAGCAAGCACACCACCUUCUUCGGGGCCGUCCGCCUGGGGGACGCCCCGGGGUCCUCCUAAGGGAGGGGAGGAGACCCGGAGCCCCAGAGACACAGAAAGGGGGAGCGAGAGAGAGUGCGCACCCC